AUGGAGACUUCAUCGGAUGCUCCGGAAUUUGGAGGAAGGAAUCGCAAAACGGAAUCCGGAAAUAAAAUGUUUUAUGAAAGAGUUUCGAUUUUUGUAAAGAUAUUUUAGACCACUUUAUUUUUACAAGCUGAAAACAUUACACGCUAUUUGUAAUAUGAUUUUUGAGCUGUCAAAUUAUAACAGCGCUUUCUUUCUAUUUGUAAAUUGAUGAUUGAAGUUAAUGUAAAAAUUGAGUGGGAAUUGAGUUUGAAACAUAUUUCAUGAAAUGAUUUGAUUAAAGGAUCGAAUAUUGGAUAUCAGAAAUGUUGCUCAUCUUCACCUUUGUCGGCUCUCUCCUGCUAGUCCAGUCAACAACUAUAAAUGAUACUGAUACUUAUGACUCUUUAAACUUAAGCACUUCUGCUCCAUUCGAAUUUACAAAGCCAAAUUUUUACCUUGAAAUCAACGCAACAAUUUCUUCAACUCAGGAAUCUAAUUACCUAAAUAACACUCAACAAGAAUCAACUUCUUGGACAAGCAAUUCCUUAACAUUUAAACCCAAAGAAAUCAUAGUUGUCACCCCAACAAAUGCCACUAUCACUGAGGCCCAAUUAGUGAUAAACAAUUCAAUCAACAUUAGUGAUUUGAAACCAUAUGCAAUAGAAAAAGAUGUGUCAGUAUUACCAACGCUGCUGUAUGUGAAUCAGUCAGAAAUCUUAUCAAUACCUCAGGAAGAUGAAUCAGUUCCAUUAGAGAUUAGCAGCACCGAUGGAACUCUUCAGACGAGUCAACCGACGUCACAGGCUGUAUUAGCUGCCGUAAAUGUGACAGUUGUUGAAGAAUCAGUUGAGCAAAAUGCUAUUGUUACAACUGAACUUGGUGAUACCAGUACAGAUAAGAAUUUGGACAUUGUUGUAGGACGCAAAUGUACAAGACUUUUUCAAGAUUCGUUUCUCUGGAAUGAAACUGAUGGAGGCAUGCUAGCUCUCAAAUCUUGCCCAACUGGUUACCAGGGAAACAUGUAUCGUCCUUGUUUCACAAAUGGAAAGUGGGGAAAGGUUGAUUUCAGCGAAUGCAGAUUGGAACACUUAGGACGAAUGCGACACAUGAUUUUUCACCAAGUUCAGAAAGGCAUGAUGGGAAAUAUGUACAUACUUGUGGACGAGUUCUCGAGAUACAUAUCUUCUGUUGACAUGAAAAGUCCGAUGGACAGAUUGGAAGCAUUUGAAAUUUUGAACACAUUCCUGAAACUGGACAUGAACUUGAAACUGGACAAAUCCAAGGAUACCAAAUACAUACAAACUUUGUUACAUGCUUCCAACGAGCUUAUAAGAAAGAAAACUGUAUCGUUUGCCCCAGGAUCUCAAAAAAAUCAAUUAAUUACUCAAAAAGUUGUUGAAAUGAUACACCAUUUGACUUCUUUUGCUGAAAGAGCUCUCAGAGGUUUACUGAAAACUCAAAAAAAGCAUAUUAUUUUCAAGUCCACUCCUAACGUAGCUAUGUAUUUAUACAGAGGUAAACUUAGUGGUCAGUUAGCAUUGGCAAAUAUUUCAGAUGAUCAUUAUGGCGCCGAAUCUCCUUAUUCAAGCUUAGAAAACACUCUGGAACGGAGUGCAUAUGCAUUGAUAGGAAUAAAAGGUCUGAGAGAUAUACUGUCAACUAACAAGUAUUUAGUAAUCAGUGACGUAGGAGUGACAACUAUAGUUUCGCCAUUAAAUACCUUGAAUCACAUGCAGCAUCCUCCCACAUAUGAUGUAGGAUUACAAAUGGAAAAAGAUAUCCCUGAAGGAUACAUUAUGAGAUGUGGUCAACUGUGGAAUAUGUCGCACUUAUGGAAUGUGAAUGAUUGUUCAGCGUUUUCUGUGAAAGGUGAUAUGGUGACCUGCCGUUGUCGUAAUUUGGGUAGCAUUGCUUUACUGCUAGAAGAAAUCGGAGUUGGUAGGCGAUUGGCAUCAGAGAGUCCAAUGGGAACAAUGAUAACUAUUAGUUGCAUAACUUCACUCUGCCUCAUCCUUCUAACAUUCGUUGUAAAUUUUCUCUUAAAAAAAUGA